AACCUAAUUUCUUUGUACCGGUACAGCAAUAAAAGUUUAGAAAAAUAUGUUUGAAAAUGGCGUCGUUUAAUGUUGAUGAAGCCGAUGGUUUUCUAAGAUCUGAAAAAGGCGAUGAAGGUAAUCUGGAUCAGGAAGCUAAAACUGAUGUAAACGAAUGGAAUACUGAAAGUUUACUUGCAGAUUAUCCAUCUCAUCAACCAGAAAGUAAUGUAGAGAUGCAAGAGGCAGUUAACAGUGCAACGAUACAGUCUACUGAUUCAGUUUUUCACUUGGUGAGCCAUUCUGAAACAGCUUCUGACGUACAUGUGACCCCAUGUGAUAUAAAGUCAAGUGGAGAAGAUGACCCACUGGAUAAAGGUAAAGAACUGGACUCUUCAGCUCUAAAGUACGUAAAUGAAGAUAGUGAUGUAGAAAUGUCUUCUGUCAUGAUAGAAGAGGCUGAGCUUCUGAACAUCAACAGUGGUAAGAAAGAUACAAUUACUUCUGAAAUAGAUGACGCUUCAGAGAGAGCACUGCUAGCUGAUGAUGAUGCAAGCAAUCAGCUUACCAGGCAUUUAAAUGAAGACAUGGAUAUAUCGCAAACCUCAUCGGAUGUAAAAGAAGUCUCAGAUUUCAACUUUCUUAAGCCCAACAGUUUUCAUUCUCUUGGAAUAGGCUCAAAAGACUCUAGUGCAAAUCUAGCCAACAUGGAGAGUGAUGUUGAAAGAGAACUGUCUGAUAAGGAUAAAAUACACCCGCAUUUGCCGGAAAAGGUUUUUAAUAUAGACGAGGAAACCCGAAUGAGUUUAGAUCAAACACCAAUAGAGUCAUCCUUUAUCUAUCCCUCCCUGCCUCCUAAAAAGUUAUUCCAAAUGGAUGACACAAAAGACUCUGAUCAUUCAGAUGUCGAAACAAAACUGUCUACCAUAACAGACACAGAAGACAUUCGAUUGAGUCACACCAUCAGUGUUGAUGAUGCAACUAAGGAUUCUGGGGCGUCAGAUUCCAACAUAGAAAUUCCUGUCAUAAAAAAACCCAGGCGAUCAAGUAAAGAAAGCUUGGGUUUCAGUCUUAUGGAGGGCUUUGAUGCUGGAAAAGUCUUCAGUGCUGAAAAUGUCUUUGAGUAUCAGUGGCCACAAGAUGGGGGGGAAUGGCAUCUACUUCAGGAACAAAUUUGUGAAUAUCUUAAAGUCAAAUCAUUCAAAAGAAAGUAUCCAGAUUUGUACAGGCGCAUUUGUGACAAGGAAGAGAAAGAUUUCCUAAGAGACAAAGGUGUAGUUACUGAAACUCAAUCUGACCUAGGUUUGACUGCUCUCAGAAGUGAAGAAGUUUAUGAUCUAAUGAUGAAAGAUUAUAACGAGAAAUACAAGGAGUAUAUAGCUCACCUACAAGAGAAACAGAAAAAAGUCAUUCGAGAGAAGCAUAAAGAAUACAGUGCUGCCAAACUGGACAAGUCUAAAAUUGAAUCCUACUCAAAGAAAGCUGCCAGAUGUGCAGCAGAGUUUAAUGCCAGCUUAAUGAGAGACAGAAAGGAAGAAAGGAGAGCUUACUUUGACCUACAGACUUUUACUGUUCACUACCCUAAACACAAAUACAAGACCAUCAACCCAAAGUUGACCAAAGUUGGAGCCUAUCCUGUGUCCUUGAUUCCUGGACAGUAUCAAGAAUAUUAUAAAAAGUACCCUUCAGAAGAACUGAACUACUUGCCUGUAAAGACGGUUCUAGUUGAUCCACCUAGACUUUCCUCUUAUGUCCGACCACCUCCAGCUGGUGUUGUAUUGGUUCCCUCAGAGAAACUGAAAAGCAAAGUGGCUGGCUCUGAGGGUGAAGACUAUGAUAGCAGCAGUGCAGAGGAGGAAGACAAUGGUCUUGAAGAGACAAUACCCAAUGAGCUGCUUGACAACAGCAAGUGUAUAGGCACUGAUGAGCUAGAUACACCCACAGUCAAGGGGGAGAAAAAAAUCAAAUCUGCCCUGAAGAAAAAAGUCUCCAAAUUCCUGCUGUCCCCUGAGAGACUGAAGAAGGUUGGCAAAAAAAGUGAUAUUCCAAUUGUGGACAAAGUGGAGGAGACAGUCACUCCUGAAGUAGAAGAGAAGGGAGCCAACUCUGCCAGCAAGAUGCCAAACAAGAUCCAUGGGCUGGAGAAAUGUCGUAUUUGUAAGAAAAGAUCAACUAAGGAGGAGAGGAAAGCAGGAAAACUUGUCAAAUGUGCUCAGUGUGGAAAGAUAGGUCACAUGAGUUGUCUAGACUUGACAGAAGAACUUGUGGCUGUUAUCAGGACUUACCCUUGGCAGUGUAUGGAGUGUAAAACUUGUAUUGAAUGUUUAGAUCCUUAUGAUGAGGAUAAAAUGAUGUUUUGUGACAGAUGUGACCGAGGCUAUCAUACAUUCUGUAUUGGUCUCUCAGCCUUGCCCACUGGUCAUUGGGAGUGUACAAGUUGUCAGGGCUGUCCAGCAUUAGCCUAUAAGUCUGAGAAAACAAAACUUGAACAAACUUUGGAUGUAGAGGCUAAAUUGGACGAGGAAGUGAAACUGGAUUUGACUCAAACUCCAGACAACAGUCAUUGUGUCAAUGAUGACAUUGAUGAAAAAACUAAUGUGUUGACUAAUGGAGCUAACCCAGUGCUCAUCAAACAGGAUGCAACAACUCAAGAUGUCACUGUGAAAGAUGUCAAACUCUCGGAUGGGAUUACCCCCCUUGUGAAAAUUGAGAGGCGGGGUAGAAAAAGAAAAAUUGUUGAUCCCAACGCCCCUCCCCCUGAGCCUAAAGUGACACCUGCAGCACAGAAACCUGGUGCCAGACAGAGCAAAAGAUUAAAACUCAAAGAAGAGGAAGAAGAAGAGAGAAAGAAGAAAGAAAUGGAAGAAAAAAAGAUGAAAAGAUUGAAGAAAAAGAAGAAGAAAGUUGCUGCCAGUGAUGAAGGUAAGGAUGUGGUGGAUGAAGGUGUUGAUGACAGCCUAGCCAUCUUGUUUGACAAAAAUGAAGAGGAAGAAAUGGCAGACAGCAUGAGAAAGACUGAAAUGACUUGUCCAGACAAUGAGACAGCCAGCAAGGAAACACAGCAGACAUGUCCAGACAAUGUGAUAGUCAGUUUGACAGAAACACAAGUGACAUGUCAGGAGAAUGCAGUUGUCAGUUUGACAAAAACACAAGUGACAUGUCAGGAGAAUGCAAUAGUCAGUUUGACAGAAACACUAGUUACAUGCCAGGAAGAUAAAAAAGAUGAAAGUGUGUCAAAAGAUGUAUUGGCUGGUGGCUCAGAGACUCAGGGUUCAAGUCUAGAGAAAGAAUUCACUGGCAACCAGCAACUGGCAUGUCAGAAUGACACUACAGCUAGUAACUCUGUGGCCAAUGCUGAUCUCACAACUCAACAAGUAGCUACUGACACUGUACCAAGCAAAACUCAACAAGUAGCUACUGACACUGUACCAAGCACAACUCAACAAGUAGCUACUGUCACUGUACCAAGCACAACUCAACAAGUAGCUACUGACACUGUACCAAGCACAACUCAACAAGUAGCUACUGACACUGUACCAAGCACAACUCAACUAGCUGAUGAAGAUGUUGGACAGACCAGUAGCAGCAUAUCCAAUGAGGGAUCCAGCAAGACUGAUCUGACAUGCAGAGACAUAGCAGAGAACUCUGUCCCAACAUUGAGUGCAGGUCAAAGUUCAUCACACUUACUAGAAAAUCCAUCAGAAAUGAAAAGUAUUGUGCCAGGUGAUGUCAGCAGUCAUGUGUCACCUGUACUGUCUGAUCCCUGUGUCCCAACAUCAAACAUCCUCCCUUCCCAGCCCCCAGAGUCACAUGAUGAUCUAGAAGCUGAUGUAUUAAUACUUCCAUCUGAUGUGUUGUUUACUGAACCCAAACUGGAGAAAACUGAACAGACAGACAUCCAGCAGGAUGGAUCUCCUUCAGUUUCUACAUGCCCCACAUCAGCAGCACAGUCAGCAGACUCAGUGGAUCCUCAUCAGUUGACAGAGUCCCCAGUUGUUGUGGAUCAGAAACCUAUAGACACUACAUCAAACUUAGAUCAAACUUAUGACCAGGAGCAAGACUUGACCAACAUGUCCAGUGACCAGAUGGAUGAAAUUGUUGCUCUUAUAGAACAUGACUAGCCACAAUGUGUUCCAAAACAACAAAAAAACAAUUGUCUAUAAUAAAACUAUGAUUUAACAAAAAAA